AUGAGCAACAGCGGAGGCCCUGGUUACGCCUCCGCCUCCGCCGCCCGAGUCAAAGUUCAGGCUAGCGGAGCGCGACUGUCCAUUAGGCAGGACCCCGGAACCCUCUGGGGACCGCGGGGCGCGAGCGGGGCCAAGAAGCAGAAAGAAAACACCAUGAACCCCGCCACGCGCUCAGACACAGCAGUGAUCAUGUCGAGGAGCAGCGGAGGGGAACGCCAGAGGAGCCGAUGCAGUGGGGGCCGUGGAGGGAGGGGGUGGGGGGGGAAUCAAUGGCUGCUCCCCGGGGCGAGGUCUCAGACACCCAUGCUGUCGUGUGGUCGGGUCCCCAGGGGCCCAGGGGGACAUGGGUUUGACAGGUGGAGAAAAGAAUCCUACUUCAAGGCCUGCACCCAGCCGCCUCUGCCACCCCAGACCCCCCGGCGCUCCCUGCGGUCCAUGGGGGGGGGGGGGGGUGUUGAGGCCUGUGACCCCCCCCCUCCUGCCCUCAGCUCUUAA